CGCAUGCGCUUCGGCGGGCAGCUCCGGGCGGUCGGACCUCCGGUGUCUCCGCUGAUCUGGUCAGGCCGCCAAGGCCCUCCUGGGCAUCUUUCCGCUACAGCGUUGUCGGCGGGCGGCCCCAGGGGUUGUCAGCGGCCGCAGGGGUCCCGGAUCCCCUCACUCUGCACACUACCUCCCCAUGAACCCUGGCCGAGAGCGGGGCGCGCCAAUCCCAGGAAGACAGACAAGCUCCGUCAAAGGGUGUCUCCGGAGGUGCCGGCGUGAACUCCUCCUUGAGUUCACUGGGACCCCGACCCUCCCACCAUGCUACCCUCCACGGGAUGGGAGCAAUCCGGCCUGGGGAGCGCAGUCCUUGUGCCCACUUAACAGGAGAGAGCUGGAGGCGCUAGAGUCCUCCGGCCCCAUCAGUAACUGAACCUGCCCAGGGCCCCUGAGAGUCACGUCCUGAAUCUCCUUGUCUGGCCACCAGUGAGGCAUGGGGAUGGGGAGCACUGCCAGAACCUGGGCCAGGUGGGGUCUGCCAUGGGCAAGCCUGUCCAGCCCCUGCCUAUGGGGAGAGCUGGCCUCAUAAAAAUAGUUUCACUGUUUCCCCAACUGAAUUUUCCACCCAGCCCAUGAAUGGGGUCAUUAUGCAACAGUGGACACUGCACUGAGGCUUGCUUUCUGCUCCCACAGUCCCCUCCCUGGCCCUGGGAGGGGGGCCGAGGGGGAGGCAGAGCCUGGCCACUGUGAGUAUGCCUGAAGCAGUUAGGUGCAGCUGCUGCUCCCAGGGCCAGCAUCAAAAGGGUCCUGAUUGCAGAGGCCUGGGGCUGGCCCUCUCUGCUCCUCAAGAGUGCCGUGGGGGAAGGCUUGGAGGGACGUGAGCACACAGGAGGUAGGAGAGUUGGUGUCUGAACGCGGGGUGGGCUGGGCAGCUGAGUAAGCCAGCAUACGUACUGCCUACUGCCCUCCCUGGAGAGAAAACCCCGGACAGGGCCAAGCGGGGGUUGGGGUAUCCACUCAUAGGUUGUUUCAGGGGAAGUGCUGCAUAUCGACUAUGAGGCAGGUGGUAAUCAUCAGCCUGGACAGGUCUGGAAACCACGUGCCGGACUGCAUGGCUCUGUGGGACAACGCUGGUGUUCCAAACCCUUCACCAAGCCCCUGAGUGCCUCUUGGUACAGGCCACAAGUCAGCGAGGUGACUGAUCACACAACCAUUAACAGAUGCCAGCAGAGGGCAGGCAGCCAUGCUUACCCUUGACCCUGGCCCACCCGGGGCAUCUCAGGCAGGAUCUGGCCCCAGGCCCUGGGCAGAACCCAGAAGGAGUGCCCAUCGUCCCCCGGUCUGCUGCCAGCGUCGUCAUCAGGCCACCCAGCACGGGAGAAUGGAGGCACCUGCACAGGAAGGCUCCAGCUUCAAGGCAGGAGCUAUGGCCCAGGCAUCCGGUGGCUCCCCAGAGUCCCAUGAUGCCCAGCUGCCACCGCCACCUCAGCCCGAGGACGAGGAGGGGCAAGGGGAGGGGCUCGUGGAGCUGCACGCCUCCUUCCGGGAGCUGUUCACCUUCUUCUGCACCAACGCCACCAUCCAUGGCGCCAUCCGCCUCGUCUGCUCCAGCCAGAACCGCCUCAAGACGGCAUCCUGGGGGCUGCUGUUCCUGGGUGCCCUGGGUGCACUCUACUGGCAGUUCGGGCUCCUCUUUGAGCAGUACUGGAGCUACCCGGUCAUCAUGACCGUGUCCGUGCACUCGGAGCGAAAGCUCUUCCCGUCGGUCACUCUGUGUGACAUGAACCCACACAGGCCGAGCUCAGUCCGCCACCAUCUGCAGGCACUCGAUCGGUUCGCCCGGGAGAACAUCCGCUCUCUCUACAAAUUCAACUUCAGCGAGGACGGGGAUGUCCCCUUUGCCGACGACCAGGGCCCACGGCCUGCCUUCUACCUGGACCGCAGCGUCCGUCUGCAGAGGCUGAGCCACCCAGGUGGCCAGAGCAGAGUGGGUUUCAGACUGUGUAACCGCACAGGCGGAGACUGCUUCUACCGGGCCUUCUCGUCAGGUGUGACAGCCGCCCGAGAAUGGUACCGCUUCCACUAUGUGAGCAUCUUGGCCCUGCUGCCCGCUGCCCACGAGGACAGCCACCAGAGCCACGGUGGCCACUUUGUCUUCUCUUGCCAAUUCGACGGCCGGGACUGCCAGGCCCGGCACUUCCAGACAUUCCACCACCCCACCUAUGGCAGCUGCUAUACCUUCAAUGGUGUCUGGGCUGCGCAGCGCCCGGGCAUCACCCAUGGAAUCAGCCUGGUCCUCAGGACUGAGCAGCAGGACCACCUCCCGCUGCUGUCCACGGAGGCUGGCAUCAAAGUCAUGAUUCAUGAACGUGACCACACACCUUUCCUGGAGCACCAGGGUUUCAGCAUCCGGCCAGGGACCGAGACCACCAUCGGCAUCCGAGAGGACGAGGUGCGCCGGCUGGGGAGCCCCUAUAGUCACUGCACCGAUGGUGUGGAGGGUGUGGGUGGGCAGCUGCUGUACAAUUCCUCCUAUACCCUGCAGGCCUGCCUGGUAUCCUGUUUCCAGCAGCUCAUGGUGGAGACCUGCUCCUGCGGCUACUACUUCUACCCUCUGCCGGCAGGGGCCCAGUACUGCAGCUACUCCCAGCACCCAGCCUGGGGCCACUGCUUCUACCGCCUCUACAGGGACCUGGGGACACACCGACUUCCUUGUGCCUCCCGCUGCCCCAGGUCCUGCAGGGAGUCUUCCUACAAGCUCUCUGCGGGGACCUCGAGGUGGCCUUCCUCCAAGUCAGCUGACUGGAUCCUGGCUGUGCUGGGCAAGCCGGGCCGCAGGAGCUCAAGCCAGAGCAAGAGCCCAAGCCCAAGCCUCAGGAGCAACAUGGCCAAGGUGAACAUCUUCUACCAGGAGCUCAACUACCGAACAGUGGAGGAGACACCCGUUUACUCGGUGCCCGAGCUGCUCUCAGCCAUGGGCAGCCUCUGGAGCCUGUGGUUCGGCUCAUCUGUCCUCUCUGUCCUGGAGCUGUUGGAGCUGCUGCUCGAUGCCGUAGCCCUCACACUGCUACUGGGCUGCCGCCGGCUCCGCAGAACUCAGGGGUCCCAGACAGGGGCAGCCACAGUGGCGUCCCACACCAAGCCGGAGGCCAGCCAGUUGCCCACUGACUGCAGGAAUGACGUUAAUCAUCUGGGGGGCCCUGCUGGCCUCUUCUCCCAUGCCGCUUCUGGGAGCUAUGGCAGGAAUCUUUGCUGAAGAGUUAGGCCAAGUGAGAGCCCCAGCCUCCUGACACCUGAACCAGCCUGAGCUUGUUCUGAGCCUGAGGAAUAUGGGAGCGGUGGGCUCUCCUGGCUGCCCAGAGUGAACCAGACCAGCCCCACAGAGCCACCACCAGGCAGCCAAGCCAAGCCCAGGGCCCAGGAAGCAGCAGCACGGAGCCCACAGGCAGGCAGGCAGGCACCAGGGUGCCCAGCCCCUUGGGCCCUCUCAUCAGCCCAGUGGUGGCCUCACUCAAGGAGGCCCAGGGCAGGGGGGAGGGGAGUGUCCCACCACUCUGGAUUCCUGCGUCUAGUCUGUACGUACCCGUGAGUGUGUGCAUGCACGGGGGUGGGGGGGACCUCCACAUGGGAGUGUGCCUGUGUUUGGUGUCACUGUCACAUAAAAACGUACGUGUGCUUCUGAGUGUGCCAACAUAUCUGUCUACACCUAUGUGUAGAUGUGUGCGGGCAUCAGGCAGAGCCUUCCUUAACUCAGGACAGGUGGAAGGAAGGGUAGGGCCAGGCCAAGGUAACCUUGGUGACCUUGGGCUGCUUUGUAAUAAAACUUGUGAUCUCA